UAUGUAGACAAUAACGGGAGAAGAUUCAAAAGGAGAGGACCAACAGUCCUAGCUGAUUUGUGGAACAUGGAUCCUAAUGAAAGGAUUGAUGUCCAGGUGGAUAAAUAUGGAGUUCCAUGUGGUCCCGAGUCAGGCUUAUUUGCAUCUUUCCUCGGAGUUGUGGCUAGAAACAGGUUCUUUACACCCUUGGAGCUUAAUUGGAGAAAGGCUGAGUUUCGUCCUUAUAAAGCUAAGAUACUGGAUCUUGUUCAGACCAAAUUUCGAUAUCCACCUGCUACCACCAAAUGGAUUCUGACAAAUGUGAAUAGAAGGUGGAGCGACCACUAGACAAAACUAAAAAGUUUAUAUUACGAUCCCGAACUGUCCGCUGAAGAAGUUCUUGCAAAACCGAAGCCUGCAGAUGUUAUUGAUACUCAUUGGCACACUUUGGUUAAUCGAUGGUAUACUGAAGACUUUCAGAGACUAAGUCAGAUAAACGCUGAAAAUGCUAGCAACAUGAAGACUCCACAUACAUGUGGAAGGAUGAGCUUUGCGAGGUGGAGGGCUAUAAGAGCUCAGCAAACUGGAAAAGAACCUGAUAGGCUGGAAACUUUUGAGAAUACUCAUACAAGAAAGAAUGGGACUUAUGUGAAUGAGUAUACAGCAACCCUAAUUGAAAAGGCGCAUACUCUUCGACAGGAAGGGUCUGCUGAUAAUGAACAAAUCUUUCAGAAGCUACUUGGUCCAGAGCAUCCUGGGAGGGUUCGUUGUGCUGGCUUGGGACCAACCCCAUCAACCUAUUUUGGGCCUUCUUCUUCCUCAGCUUCAACAAGUUCUACCACGACAUUGUGCUCUAAUGAGGUAGUCGCUCUAGGUAUUGAAGUGGUUGAACUGAGAAGUGAAGUGGUGGAACUGAAAAGUGAGGUGGUAGAACUGAAAACUGAAGUGGGUCGGUUGGGAAGUGGGAUGGAACAGCUGCAAAUGGAAGUAGACACAUUGAAGGCAUUUAUCUUGCAACAUCUUUGUAGGGAGAAGGGGCCAAUUGAGGGUUCAUUCCGUGCACCAUCUUCAUCAAGCCAGAGUGCUACACGGGGCUGACCAAAGGUUUCUCAGGCUAGCUUUGAGAUUGAUCGGUGGAAGGAGACAACAGCUCUAGCAUAUUGGAUGCAAAUUGCACUCUGGAAAUUUAUCUUUGCUGGAACUUUAUCUUAGUUCAAUAUUAUUCCUUUGAUUGAGCUACUAGUUGUACUUGGAAGUAAUAUGCACUAUGGAAAUUAGCAUUUUGUGGCAUGGGAUAAUGAGUAAUGUACACUUUUAAGUACAGAUAUGUCUUGAAGAUUUGAAAUGUUGUGGCAGAUUGCAGGGUU